CCACAUCUCAAACUCCCUCCCCAAAUCCCACAACUUGAGUGUCUUCAGAUAUAUUAAUACAAGUACUUUCCACUUCCCAGAGAGAAAGUUUAAACAGUGUGUCGGGGUACACUAUAAUGACGACGGGGAUGGUAAUGGUGAGAAGAGGCGGCGGGGGCGGCGGAGUAGGCGAGAGGAGCUCGCACGGCGGCUCAUCCAAAGAGCAGAACCGCCACCAGCAGCAGCAGCUCUCGCUGUUGGAUUUUCUCAUGGAAACGCUGAGAAAAUCGAUGGUGUCUUGCCGGGUGAAUCGGGAAGAGGAUGUGAUAUCCACCAUUCAUCGUGCAAUGGAAAUCGGUUGGCCCACAGACGUCCAGCACAUCACCCACGUCACGUUCGACCGUUUUCAGGGCUUUCUCGGCCUUCCUGUUGAAUUUGAGGUUGAGAUCCCCUGUAGGGUGCCCAGUGCAAGCAUCAGUGUGUUUGGUGUCUCAGCAGAGUCGAUGCAGUGCUCUUAUGAUAACAGAGGGAAUAGUGUCCCAACCAUUCUCUUGUUGAUGCAAGAGCGCUUGUACUCGCAAGGUGGUCUCAAGGCAGAAGGCAUUUUCAGAAUAAACCCAGAGAAUAGCCGGGAGGAGCAUGUAAGGGACCAACUAAAUAGAGGCAUUGUGGCGGUGGACAUUGAUGUACAUUGUUUAGCUGGUCUUAUCAAAGCCUGGUUUCGUGAGCUCCCAUCUGGUGUGCUAGAUGGAUUGUCACCCGAGCAAGUUCUGCAGUGUAACACAGAGGAGCAGUUUGUGGAGCUAGUGAAGAAACAGUUGAAGCCAACGGAGACUGCAUUGCUGAAUUGGGCAAUUGAUCUAAUGGCUGACAUAGUUGAACACGAGGAGUCUAACAAAAUGCACUCCCGGAAUAUUGCAAUGGUUUUUGCUCCAAACAUGACUCAGAUGUCUGAUCCCCUCACUGCUCUAAUGCACGCAGUCCAAGUGAUGAAUCUGCUCAAGACCCUAAUAACAAAGACAUUGAGAGAGCGUGGUGGGGAGUCCUCCUCAGCUGGAGGAUACUCACCCAUGUCGUCUCAUUCGUCUGAUGAUGGUGAUGAAUGUGACACUCAAGAAGAAGAAGAAGAACAAGAAGAAGAAGAUGAAGAAGAAGAAGAUGAAGAAGAAGAAGAAGAAGAAGAGCUGCUGUUGGAUUCAGGCUGCAAGUCAGAAGAAGAAGAUGAAGAGCAUGGAGACUAUAACAGUACUGAAGACCGAUGCGAAGUCGAGUCAUGGAGCAAGAUAGAAGAACAUUGCUUCUUGAGGCAGCAGCAACUUGUUCAAGGAAUAUUGUGCAGAGAUCCUCCUCCUCCCUUGAUGUGCAAUUCGCCAGUUUCAUUUUCUGACAGUAAAGUGGACAGUUCUGGUUUAAGCACAAGUGAAGACGGAGAUGAGUCUAGAGCCAGUAGUUAAGUCAUUUAGUUGAUUAUUUUUUCUCCCUUGCGUGACUCACAAACUAUACUGUUUCUCGUGGACUAGCCACGGACAUCAUUGUAAAUUGGGUAAUGAUACCUACCCUCAUCUGCUUGCUUGUGUGACUGACCAUUCUGGUCCUGCCUGCGAAUGUAGGAGGUUCAGUUUUAUCUGGGGCUGAACUUUGGAU